CUACAUCUGUUAUUGCUAUUGAACAAUUUCAGUGUAUUUUUACAAUUGUGACAUAAGUACUUCCACAACUGUGUCAAUUAUUACAUUAUUUAUUACUUUGUUCUUGUUUUGCUCUAACGUACAUCAUAUUGUAAGCAAGCAUAUUGCUUCCUGUGCUAACUAAUUGGUUUCAGUUCAUCUUUCUGGAUCUUUCACCAUUUAGCGACAUUAGAAUUGACAACAAUGUUGAAUCCAUCUACUAUUGACACCCGAUUCAAGUCCUUGACUGACAAAACAGAUCAAUUGAACUAAACAAGACAAAGAAAGAAACUUCAUUACCCAUUCAGUUUUACCCAUUAAAGAAGGUCAAGGUUAUUGAUAUAAUCUGAUUUUUUACUUUUUAAUUUGAAUUCUGCAUUUUCUCCGUGUUCAACUCUUUCACCAGACUUGAAUGACAAACUAUUCAAGGUUUUGUUCAGCUUAGAAACCAGUUAACCCAUCAACUGUUCCUAAGGAAGUUUAAUGAAGUUAUUCCGUUUAAAUGAUAGAUCAGCAACAUCAAAAUACAAAUUAAUCGUAAUUUGAUGAUAUCCAUAAGCCAAGUGUAAUUUUAACCAAAUGUUUGGUUUCAGAUUUGAUUACAAUCAACAUAAGGAUCAUGAUUUUAACAUCAACAGAAAAAAGAUUUACAUUUUGUAAGAUUCUUCAAUUGUUUUUCUCAUCACACUAUAAAGUUUAUCAUGAAUCUUAAUCACCAUCUUGUUUAACAACAAUUGAGUUUAUUUAUUUGUUUAUGGAUUACUUCCUGGUGACCAAGGAUGGUGAAUCUUUACUUUGUAUUACUAACUUCUUUGCUGAUUUAAUGUUGUGGUUCAAAUACAUUGGUAACUAAUAGGAGCCUCUCUCUCUUGAUGUGAAGAAAUAAAAGGUAGAGAGAAGAGAGAGAGUGUAUGUGAGAAAGACAACAAUAAUAAAGAAAUCUACUUCAACCAUCGUAUAAUUUUUUUAAGAACCGUGAUUUGACCACUCUAUGACUGUGAUUCCCAUUUGGCUGGUCUGAUUUUUCUGGUUUUUCACGUGGUCCAUUCAUCUAUCUGGAGCCAGUUGCACCUGGCCUUUGAAAGUCUGUCACAAUACGCGACACAACACACACUUACGUGCAUAAGCAAAUUAGCUCUCUCUUUCUUGCCGUCAAUCUAAUAGGAAAUGUCCUCUGCAAAAGGACAGAGUAUAUUGGAAAAAUGGUUACAAGAUAUGCCAAACAGCAAUCAAAGAUCGGUGAAAAGAGAAAGACGAGACUGUGAUGAUCUGUUGGCAAGUAAAACGAGUAGCUCAUCCAACCUAUUCCUUAACCAGUUUCUACCAUCAGUAUCAGCUUUACCCUCAAUACCAUCAUCAUCAUUGUCUUCAGCAGCAUCAAGCUCAACAGGACCGUCAAAUAAUGGACUAAGAGCCCAAGAUUUAUCUAAACUACCUAAGAAAAUACCUGAAAGUGUACAAGAUUUAAGUAAUUGUAUAGAUGCUAAAAGUAUUAAGGGUAUAUUUGGCUGGUCUACGGUUAAUGAUAUCCCAUUGCCUGUAAUUCUCCGUGAAGAUCAAAAAUUGGUACCAGUCAGGGUAGUCGAAUCAAAGGUCAUUGGUAAAUACAGGGAAUCCUUACCAUGGACAGUAUUCUCUUGCAUAAAUGUCCGGAGUUACUACAUUACGGAAAACGAGGCAAAAUUACUAAAUGAAAUAAAUGGAUUCCACUGUGAUUAUCAUUAUGGCUAUAGGCUAUUUACCUCAAAAGACGUAGUAGUUUGUCUGUCAGAUGUUGUAACUCUUAGUAAAUUUUUGGAGCAAAGUGAACUAAUCUUUAAUCAAGGUCUUUCCAAAGCUGAUGUCGAUGGCCUCGGUUUUGUCAAUAUUUCGGGAUAUGUGAUGUUGCCUUAUAUUAGCAAGAAAACUGUCUGUAAUACUAAGAAUAAAACAUCAACUUCAUCUCCGCCGCCUGAAGCCACCACUACACCACCUCCAACGCCGACUAAUAGUAAUAAUAAUAAUACUUCAACAAAUACUAAUAAUGAAAAUGAAUCAUCAGAUGAAAAUGUCAGUGGUUUACAACCUAGUGAAUCUAAACCGGAAGACGAGGACGAUUCUAGUAAUUUGGUACAAAAGUAUGUCCCGGAGUCGUUGAUCACCAAAUUUUUUCUCUUGGUUAAAGCUGAUAAAGUUGAUAUGACUGAAUGGGAUGCAUCCUAUUUAAAAAUGUUGUAUAUAUAUGCAGGUAUCGACCACUGUCAGAUUCCUCCAAAUGAUAAACUGUGUUUACUUAGUGAACUUAAAUGGGAUUCGCCUCUGUGUCCAUUGCAAAUAGAAGAGUGUGAUCCUAGAGCGGGUCAAAAUUACCCUCCACCUAAAAACUAUCUUACCUCAUCUUUUUCACACCGUGGAGCUGAAAGGGUAGCCAUGGACCUGGAUUCUCAUCUCAAUCACCAUCUUCACUUACAUUCUCAUUUGAACCCGCAUCCUCAUGCUCACUCUCAUACCCAUUCUCAUUCCCAUUCUCAACCUGUUCUUCAACCUCAUCAUCAGACCCGAUCUGUGUUUUCGAUGCAGAACUCAAGUAAACAAAAUACCAACAACCAUCAUAACAACCAUAGCCAUUCUCAUAACUCCCACCACCAUCAAACACUCAACUCUAGCAAUUGUAUCAAUCAUAAUCAAUCUUGGCAUCUUUCUUCGGCCAAUCGUAAAAUAUCCAGAUUAUAGAUUGUAAUAAAUUUAAAAUUCAAGCUAAUUACAAACGUUGAAAUUCAAAA